AUGGAUCUUGGAACCGCGGCAGCUGCUCUUGCCGGUGGGACGGCCGUCGCAGCCUAUCUGAAUGCCAAAUUUCACUUGGGCAAGGACAUCAACGCAAUAUGGUCGAUGAAGAAGAGUGAGCGGUUAUACGCAAAAGCGGUGGCGAAUGGCAAGGGCAACGCCUGGUUCGUUUUCGUCGAAACCGCCAAUCGAUACCCGAAUAUGACCGCGCUCUGGACUCGAGAGCGAUCCUAUACAUACCGAGACCUGCUGGAACAGGCGUGCCAAUAUGCACAUUUCUUCCUGGCCAAGGGUGUGAAGAAGGGGGAUCUGGUGGGCUUUUAUUUGCAAAACCGCGCCGAAUUUCUUAUUGCGUGGCUGGCCCUGUGGAGUAUCGGCUGCGCGCCGGCAGCGAUCAACCACAAUCUGACGGGCGAUGCGCUCGUCCAUUGCCUGAAGAUCAGUGGAGCGAAGCUCACGUUGGUGGAUGAGGAUCCGAUUUGUAUCGAGCGGGUGGAAGAGCGGCGGGCAAGCCUGACGGAAGAGCUGGGCAUGGAGCUGAUGACCUUGGAUGAAUCGCUCAAGGCGCAUAUCCGGACAUUUCAGACUUCCCUGCCUCCAAAGCAUCUGGCGGAGAAUAUGAAAGGUAGUUUCCCGUCUAUUCUCCUCUAUACUUCGGGAACGACAGGUAUGCCCAAGGGCUGUGCUUUCACAAUGUCACGACUGUAUACCACGAUGACGCUUCGAGAAGACGCCCUGGGCGAUCAAGAAGGACCGGGUGGUGAUCGUUGGUACAGCUGUAUGCCACUGUAUCACGGAACCGCCGCCAUGACUCUCAUCUCGUGCCUGACAACGGGAAUGAGCAUCGCACUGGGGCCCAAGUUCAGUGUGCGCAAUUUCUGGAAGGACAUUCGUGAUUCCGAGUCCACCGUCUUCGUCUACGUCGGCGAGACCGCGCGGUAUCUUCUCGCAGCUCCGCCGUCACCGCUGGACGGUCAGCACAAAGUGCGUUGCAUGUAUGGCAACGGACUCCGACCUGAUGUGUGGGAGCAAUUCCGGACGCGCUUCCGCGUACCUCAAGUCGGCGAGUUUUUCAACAGCACUGAGGGGAUCUUCGGUCUGUUCAACUUCAACUGCGGGCCCUACACAGCCGGUAGCGUGGGACAUCACGGGCUGUUGAUGCGCGGACUACUACACAAUGUCUUUGUCCCUGUCGCCAUCGACCCUGAGACCGGGGACGUCCUGCGGGAUCCCAAAACCGGGUUCGUGGUACGCGCCAAAUACGAGGAUGGUGGAGAGAUGAUUGUCAAUAUGCCCAAUAAAGAAGGCUUCCAAGGAUAUUGGCGCAAUGACUCUGCCACCGAGAAGAAGUUCCUCCGCGACGUCUUCAAAAAGGGCGACCUCUGGUACCGAUCGGGCGAUGCCCUUCGUCGCCAGACCGAUGGACGAUGGUACUUCCUCGACAGACUGGGCGAUACUUUCCGCUGGAAGAGUGAAAAUGUCGCCACCGCCGAAGUAUCCGAAGUCCUUGGCAAGUAUCCAGGCAUUCAAGAAGCCAAUGUAUACGGUGUUCGACUCCCCAACCACGAAGGUCGCGCCGGAUGUGCAGCGCUUCAAAUUAGCCCCGAUGCCCAAAAGGGCUUCGACUAUGCAGCUCUGGCGCGCUACGCUCGUUCCAAGUUACCACGCUAUGCGGUGCCUGUCUUUCUUCGCAUCGUGGACAACCCGUCCCAUAUCCAUAAUCAUAAGCAGAAUAAGGUGCCGCUCCGCGAAGAAGGGGUGGACCCGGCACUGAUAGGAACGAAAGCGACUGAUGGACAGGAUGAUCGUUUCAUGUGGAUGGCGCCGGCAAGCGAGGGUUACACGCCUUUUGGAAAGGGGGAGUGGGAGCAGAUUGUCAAGGGAACAGCCAGACUUUGA